AUGUCAUCCACCGCUAUUCCCAAGCGCGUCGCGCUGCACCGCAACGUGACUGAUGCCUCAGCGGCCAGCUCCGUGUCGCCUUCUCCCUUCGACACACCUCGCCAUUCUCCCUCCUCUUCUUCCCUGUCUUCCAUCGAACAGGACGCCUCCUCUAAGAUGCUUGACACCAACGGCAAGGAAUUCAAGAUUCCCGACUUCACAAUCAAGCAGAUCCGUGACUCUAUUCCAGCCCACUGCUUUGAGCGUUCUGCCAUCACCGGUCUCUACUAUCUUUUCUGGGAUUUUGCUGUUCUCGCCGCAGUCUUCACCCUCUACUACAACUACGUGACCCCGGAGUAUAUCCCCUCCUAUCCGGUCCGUUUCGCUCUGUGGGGUCUUUACACCAUCGUCCAAGGUCUUUAUGGUACUGGUAUUUGGGUUCUGGCCCAUGAGUGUGGUCACCAAGCCUUCUCUACCUCCAAGGUCGUGAACGACACUAUCGGCUGGGUCUGCCACUCCUUCCUUUUGGUCCCUUACUUCUCAUGGAAGAUCUCCCACGGCAAGCACCACAAGGCUACCGGUAACCUGGCUCGUGACAUGGUCUUCGUCCCCAAGAUUCGUUCCGAGUACGCUACCCGCAUUGGCAAGACUAUCAAGGAGCUCUCCGAGCUCGCCGAGGAGGCCCCCAUCGUUACUGCCUCCAACUUGUUGCUCCAGCAGUUGUUCGGCUGGCUCAUGUACCUUAGCACCAAUGUCACCGGCCACAACAACCACGAGGACCAGCGUGAGGGCCGUGGAAAGGGCAAGGUCAACGGUUACUUCACCGGUGUCGACCACUUCACCCCCUCCAGUCCCCUGUACGAGGCCAAGGAUGCCAAGCUCAUUGCCCUGAGUGACCUGGGUCUAUUCCUGAUGGGCUGUGUCCUAUACUAUGUCGGCUCCAACUACGGCUGGGUCAACCUGGCUGUUUGGUACGGCCUCCCCUACGUCUGGGUCAACCACUGGCUUGUUGCCAUCACCUACCUCCAGCACACCGAUCCCAGUCUGCCCCACUACCAGCCUGAGGUGUGGAACUUUGCUCGUGGUGCUGCUGCCACUAUUGACCGUGACUUCGGCUUCGUUGGUCGCAACAUCUUCCACGGCAUCAUUGAGACCCACGUCCUGCACCACUACAUCAGCACAAUCCCCUUCUACCACGCCGAUGAGGCUAGCGAGGCCAUCCAGAAGGUUAUGGGCGACCACUACCGCACCGAAGCCAAGACCGGCUGGACUGGCUUCCUCAAGGCCCUCUGGACCAGUGCUCGCACCUGCCAGUGGGUUGAGCCAAUGGCCGAUGCCAAGGGUGAGAGCCAGGGAGUGCUCUUCUUCCGCAACAUCAACGGCAUCGGUCUUCCUCCUGCCAAGCUGUAA